AUGGCCGAAUAUGCUGAAGAGUGUUGUCAGCUCGCACGCUCAUUCACGGCGGAUAAUCAAGCCCUCCAAAAAGAUCGCCAUGACCGUGAUGUGGCCCCGGACACUUUCCCCGUCGGCUCUCUCGUGCGGCUUCGACUGCCUUUUCACUCUCCUGGCCUGACUCCCAAGUUUGCACCGAAGUAUACCGGCUCUUACCGCGUCAUCCAGUGCCCCUCUCCUAUCACCUAUGUGAUUGAGCCGGUCCAGCCGUCCACGGACAAGCGCCGUCUUGGUCGUGAGACGGUCCACCAAUACACAAAGAUGGCUGAAUUUAAUGGACUGUUUGUGAACGUCCUCUUCAAUGCCGGCACAGGUCUGAGCCGUUCGGCAAGCACCACGGGCGUGAAGACAAGAGCAGCCACUGCAGCUAGGUUCAAGCCAGUGUCGCAUGUUAUUUUCGACAUGGACGGCCUUCUUUUAGUUCCUCUUGACAAGCUCUUAGAAAAGAUAACGCAUGACUCUGAUCUUAACGCAGGGUUAGCUGGCUAUUACCAGCACUACAUCCGCAACUUUUCCGAGAUCGCUAGCCCUCUCACCGACAGUCUGCGAAAGAAUAAGCCGUGUGACGCAAGUGACCGGGGGAUGGGUGCAGUGCUCAGUCAGAAGAGCGAUAAUGAUGAAGAGCAUCCGGUAUUAUUCGUGAGCCGAAAGUGCUAUUUGGCAGGGUCGCGGUUCCUCAUAGAAACUGACCAUUGCCCAUUGACCUGGCUGCGUAACAUGUCUGCAAAGAACGGCAGGUUGCUUCGCUGGAGCCUUGCACUGCAGGAACACGCCUUUGAUGUAAGCAAGGGAUCCUGGAAAGACGUUGACUUUAAAACACGAGCGCAGAGACGCUCGAGGCAUGCUACCAGAAACAUUGAAGUAGCACGCUACCUUGAACCUGUAUAUAAUGUAAAUAAACAUUCCUGUCAACCGCACCGGCUCCUCUUCUCGACAUCUCCCCGGGACUUUGGCUGGCUCCGGUCUUAUGGGCAGACCCCCGACUACAUCAACGACACGGAGAACUUGUACACUCGUGCGGCGGAGACCGUGGCUUCGCGCUACGGCAAAAAGUUUACAUGGGAGCUCAAGAAGCGGGUGAUGGGAACGCCGGAAGCUGAUGCGGCGCGCACGACCAUUGACUCCCUCGGCCUGCCCCUGACACCGGAUGAGUAUAUGGCGGCACUGGAUCGCAUAUUUCAGGAGACGUUCCCCAAGGCCCAGCUUAUGCCUGACGCCGAAAGGCUGGUGCGCCACCUACACGCGCAUGGCAUCCCCAUCGCCAUUGCGACCAGUUCCAAGCCGUCCUCGUUCGUUCUCAAGAUGACGCGACAUCGCGAACUCCUGGCCUUGUUCCAUCACGUGGUCUGCUCGGGUGGGGACCCCGAAGUGAAGCGGGGCAAGCCGCACCCAGAUAUAUUCCUCGUCGCCGCGUCCAAGUUCGACGAAAUGCCACCGCCGGAGAAGGUCCUUGUGUUUGAGGACUCAGUGAUGGGCGUCACGGCUGCCCUGGCUGCCGGCAUGCAGGUCGUUAUGGUUCCCGAUCCUCGUAUCGACGAAGAGAAGCGGCGUCUGGCCACGACUUCCCUUACCUCGCUGCUCGAGUUCAAGCCCGAGCUCUUUGGUCUUCCACCUUUUGACAUUCCUGCACAGGAUCACAACAAUACGAAAUGACCAUUACCGUGCUUGUGUAUCUUUUCUGCCUCGCCUGUAAACAUUU